AUGACUGAUUCGUCGAAUAAAGAAGUGAUUCUGAGUGCGCGUCCGGGUGUCAAUGGCACUCUAACGGAGAAAAACUUCGCUGUGCGCGAGUGCGAUUACCCCAGUGACCUAAAAAGCGGGCAGGUAUUGAUUCGAAAUCUGUAUUUGACCGUGGAUCCCGCGCAACGAUGCCAGAUGAACGAAGAGACAGGGGUUCAUUACCUUCUUCCGAAUCAGGUUGGAUCCCGUGUCAACGGCCUCGGUGGGGUCGGAGAGGUGGUGAAAUGCGGUCCGAGCGAUCAGCCCAGUGACGAUUUGGCGACAGGAGACUCUCGUUCUCCCAUCAAGAGUCCACCGAAAUUCAAACCGGGAGACUUCGUGAUGAAUUCGGAACGUCUGCAUUGGCCAUGGGCAGAAUAUUUUUGCUUAGCCGAAGAAGAAUUAGCCCUGAUAGAUCCCGAAAUUCAGGAUCUGCCGCAUGGCUUGAAACUUCCCUUAGCCUACUUGGGGCUCUCUGGGCUCACGUCGUAUCUCGGUGUGAAAUCGCGCGGGAAAGUGACUAGUGGUGACGUUGUUGUGGUUUCUGGUGCCGCUGGUUCUUGUGGUACCCUUGCUGGACAAUUCGCCCUAGAAUGGGGUGCGAAGAAAGUGAUUGGUAUUUGUGGUUCGGAUGAAAAAUGUCGCGCACUGGUUGAUGGAUUUCGAUUCACGACCGCUGUCAACUAUAAAAGUCCGGCAUUCGAGUCAAAAUUGGCGGAAGCUUGUGCAGAUGGCGUUGACGUCUACUUUGACAACGUGGGUGGAGAAAUCAGCCGAAUAGUGAUUGUUGAUCACAUGAAACCCGCAGGUCGGGUUGUGUUGUGCGGGCAAAUUGCUGAUUACAACAAAGAUGUCCCUUAUCCUCCGCCAAUUCCGAAGGAUAUGCAAAAUGCGAUUGUGGCAAAAAGCAUAGACAGGGAGCGUUUCCUUGUGCUGAGUUAUCAAGACCAGUUUCCGGAAGCAUUGGGAGACAUGAAAAGGAUGAUAUUGGAAGGGAAAAUUCGUGUCGAAGUGACAGAAGCUGAAGGAAUAGAAAAAGCCGGUUGGGCCUUGAUGAACAUGAUGAAUGGAGGAAAUAUUGGGAAACAAAUGGUCAAAGUCUGUGAUUCCUCCGGACGGGUUAAACAGGACUGA